AUGUCGGGGUUGAGUUUCCAACCUGCUGUACACGGUAGCAUGGUUCACAUCAUGGAUAUCCAAUGGCCUCCCGUCAGGCCUGGCAUCGCUCCGUUUGGACGUGAUAUUUCCCUGGAAAUCGAGUGUUUGUGUGGUAAACGUAUCUGCCAUUGUCGCGAGUGCAAGAAAAUUACCGGCGGAACCCACGGUGACUUCUUGCUCGUCCGGAACAACAGCAUGCUCACUUGGAGGUGCAAUACUGCAGAACUGAAGGCUUUCUCUUACUAUGUCGGAGAGGAAGAAACAGAGAACAACGUCAAGAACGUCUUCCGCUGCCCCACUUGCUAUACUCCCAUUUUCAUCGGCCAGGGAAACCCAAAUUCCAAUAUAAUGCUGUUCUUCGUCGGCUGUCUCGCUGACCCCACGUGGCUGGAUGAUCACAAGCCCGAUUCCGAGACUUUCACGGGAGACAGGUGCGCUUGGCUACCGCUUAUAGCUCCACCCUCAGGUCCAUCCCCUGGGCUGCAGCCGAAGUCAGAAUAG